UGAGAAACACAAGUUAAAUUUGUAUAUAAAAUUAAAAAACUUAAAAAAGAAAGGCUUAGAAUUAAAAAUAAACACUUGCGAGAAGGCUUCUGCGUGGAUAGAAUAUACACGCAAGGGGAGAAGUGACACAAGUUACUAAUAAAAAACUUUUAAAAAAACGACGAGCAUUCUGCAAGCUGUAGUUUUUAUUUAUUUGCUCAAAUACCGCUGCGGUUAACGGUUUCCGCGUGGCAUCUACACGGCAGGCGUCUUGUCUUAGGACAGACCUUAAAUAAUUUAACGAGCGAUAAACAUGAUGAACAAUUACGGCAAUAUGAUGAUGGGCGAGCAAUUUCGCAAAAUGGAGUCAAACUAUUCUCCAAAGUCGUCACCUCAUGGUGGUCGCUCACCGGUGGUAUCCCGACAAGAUUCAUCGGGCACAUUGAAGGCAACCAUAUCAUUGGGCAAAACGCCAACGAUUAUACAAACAGGACCAUUCUAUUCAAUGAAAGAGCCACCGGGUAAAGGAGAAUUGACCGGGGAUAAAGAUCUAAUGACAGAAUAUGGCUUGCACCACACCUUAACUAAAUUCAAAGAUAAGAAGGUUAAAGAGUCAUUGGCUUCAUUUCUACCAAAUUUACCGGGAAUAUACGAUAGUAUGAGUAAUUUGGAAAACAGCACAUUGCGCAGUGUCAUUGAUAAACCACCUAUAGGAGGUAAAGAAUUAUUGCCUUUAACGGCAGUGCAAUUGGCUGGCUUUAGAUUGCAUCCGGGACCUUUACCUGAGCAAUACCGAGCCUUAAAUACUACACCCGCACGUAAACAUAAAAACAAACAUAAAAAACACAAACACAAAGAUGGAGCAGCACCGCCAGAAACAAACCUAAUGGAUUCCUCUGGUUUAGAAACGUAUGAAAAGAAACACAAAAAGCAGAAGCGACACGAGGACGAUAAAGAGCGUAAAAAACGUAAAAAAGAAAAGAAACGCAAAAAGAAAUCUCACAGUCCGGAGCCUCCCUCUUCCGGCGGUGUUUCACCCAUGUUGGGUCCUACGGCAGCCAGCAUUAUGGGUGGGGCAGCGGUCGGUUCUGGAUCAGCUGGAAAUGCCAAUGUAACCGGCCUAGCGGGUUUAACCACGGCUGCUCAAACUAAUGCUUUGGCUUCUACGUCUGGUUUAACUUCAAUGUCAGGUCCUGCUAGCAUGUUAAUGCCUCAGCAAGCUUCUUUGUUUUAGUUAAGAAUUAAAAUUAAUUUUAAGUCACGUUUCACCUAAAAGCGAUUUAAAGAGAAAACAACCAAAUUAAAUUUAUUAUAUAUAAACACUUUUAUCUUGUUUACUUAGAUUUU